AUGGCUCUUACAGCCGAUGAACUCAAGGCCAAGGCUGAGGUAUACUAUGGUGAUGACAUCUGCCAACAGUGUACCCAGCUCUUGCUCAAGGAAGCAGGCCUCCCCAAUGGUCUGCUUCCAUUGAAGGACCUAAUUGAGUGUGGUUAUGUCCAGGAAACUGGAUAUGUAUGGCUCAAGCAAAAGAAGAGGGUUGACCAUGUCUUCCAGAGUUUAGGAAGGCUGGUCUCUUAUGGCACAGAGAUCACUGGCUACGCAGAGAAAGGCAGGAUCAAGAAGGUAAAAGGGAUAAAGACCAGGGAGCUCAUGGUGUGGGUCCCAGUGGAGGAGAUUGCCCUUGAUCAACCUGCAACUGGGAAACUUAUCUGCAAGAGCAUUGUUGGGAUUACCAAGACCUUCCCUGCAUCAGCUUUCCAUAUCCCAGAGAAGGAGAAUCAGAAGAUGAACUGUGCUGCACCAAAACCAGUGGUCCUAAUGGAGAGAGCUCCACAAGUUGUUAAAAACAACUGACCCUUCUGCAUCCACUAGGACUCGGGUUCAUGGUAAUUGUCAAUUCUUAGUCCGACAUAUCUAAAUAAUGAUUGAACCAGUGCUUUACUGUCAGCUUAUGUACUUCGAAGGUGACAACCUGAAGUUCUUCAUAUAGGGUCAGCUUGGUUACCUUAAGUUGUAUGAAUGCCCUGGAGUGUAUUGUCCUGUAAGGCAACCACCCAACUACCUUUCAUGUACUAAAUAGAUCUUUAUUACUAA